AUGUCUAGCAUCGAUAUUGGAAACUUAGUCAACAACUACAAUAAUCAUCUUUCUGCGGUCCUUCCAAAGGCCGUGGGCUCAAAUUUGGUUUUGUGGUCUGCAGGAUCGCUCGCAGUAGUCUUUCUCUUCAACAUUCUGCGACCUCGAAACAAGAUCAUUUACGAACCCAAAGUCAAGUACCACGAGGGCAACAAGGCACCACCACCGAUCGACAAUGGGUUCUUCUCCUGGGUCAAGCCACUCUGGUCAACUUCGGAAGAUGUCCUUUUGGAAAAAGUCGGCUUAGAUGGUGUUACCUACCUGAGAUUUCUCCGCAUGAUGUCUUGGAUCUUUCUCUUGGUUUCGGUCCUCACCUGCGGCGCACUAAUUCCGAUCAACAUCUCCUACAACUACAAGAAUGUUGACGCAAGGACGAGGAAUACCCUAUCUAUCUUGACCGUCCAGGAUGUGCAAGGCACCACCCUCUUCUUCCACGUCGCCGCCAGCUAUAUCAUCAACAUCAUAGUCCUCGUGUUCGUCUGGAUGAAUUGGCGCAAGAUGGUCGCCCUUCGCUAUAAAUUCUUCAGGUCAGACGAGUACAUCAAGUCUUUCUAUGCAAGAACUCUUAUGAUCCUCAACGUCCCGAAGAAGCUCCAGUCCGACGAAGGUCUUCAAGCUCUUUUUGCCGGGCUCCAAAUACCUUAUCCCGCAACAUCCGUGCACAUUGGCCGUCGAGUGGGCCAAUUGCCUGAGCUUGUCGAGUAUCAUAACGACACCGUACGGUCGUUUGAACAAGUGCUCGUGAGCUAUCUCAAGGGUGGCAAGAUUGGCAAGAAGCGUCCUACCAUCACCAUGGGUGGCUGCCUCGGUAUGGGUGGCGAGAAGAAGGAUGCCAUCGAAUUUUAUACCCGCAAAUUGGCAAAGACCGAGGCUGCUGUUCAAGACUGGCGUGAGAGAAACGAACACAACAAGCCCGAGAACUAUGGCUUUGCCUCGCUCGCUGCCGUCCCUUAUGCACACAUCGUUGCUCAAAGACUCAAUGGAAAGCAUCCCAAGGGAACCACAAUCACCCUUGCACCAAAUCCAAAGGACAUUAUCUGGAAAAACAUCACAAUGACCGACGCCACUCGCCGGAGUCAACGUAUGAUCGGUUGGGUUUGGCUCGCCACUGUCUGUUUCUUUAACACUAUUCCGCUCCUUUUCAUCUCUCUCGUCGCCAACCUGAGCCAUGUUGCUCAGUAUGUUCCCUUUCUCGAAACAUGGCAAACGCAAGAGCAAUGGUCCUUUGCUCUUGUCAAUGGUAUUCUGCCGCCGACAAUUUCCGCCAUCUUUGGUUUCUUCCUCCCAAGGAUUAUGCGUUGGCUCAGUCGUUAUCAAGGAGCCAUUACCCACUCUCGACUGGAUCGUGCCGUGGUUGCAAGAUAUUUUGCCUUCCUCAUCAUCUCGCAGCUAUUCAUUUUCUCUCUUCUGGGUGUCGGCUUCCAGCUCGUGACACAGAUUGUCAUUAGCGUCCAAAAAGGAGAGAGCGUCUGGGAGAUUCUCAAGAAUACCAAAGACCUCCCAAGGAAGAUUCAGUCCACUUACAUCGCUCAAGCGCCCUACUGGCUUACCUUCUUCCCUCUACGAGGCUUCCUUGCCGUUUUCGACCUUGCCCAACUUAUCAAUGUUAUAUGGAUCUGGAUCAAGACUCGUAUGUUUGGUCGUACCCCACGCGACAUCCGCGAAUGGACUCAGCCACCCGAAUUCGAGUACGGCAUUUACUACUCCAACCUGCUGUUUAUGGGUGCUGUUGGCCUUAUCUACGCCCCGCUGGCCCCAUUGGUUGCACUCGCCGCAGGAGCAGUGUUUUUGAUCACGAGUAUCACGUCGAGGUAUCAGAUCAUGUUCGUUUUCGUGAGCCGAGUUGAGUCUGGCGGCCGUUUGUGGAACGUCGUCAUCAACCGUCUACUCAUCUCGUUGAUCCUGAUGCAACUGCUUAUGACGCUUACCAUUGGACUCGCCCAUGGUUGGCGAUCGUUCUACUGGGUAUCAUGCCUCCCUCCAAUCAUUUUUGUUGUCAUCUGCAAGAUUUGGUGGCAAAGGACGUUUAUGGAGCAGUUCCGUUAUUAUAUCCCGAGCGAUCAAGAGCUCGCUUCUACCGUCGUCCACUCAGAGCGUGCCGACAACAAGGGCAAUCGUUUGGAGAAGCGCUUCGGCCAUCCAGCUCUUCAUGCGGACCUGUUUACACCUAUGCUUCACAAGAAGAUGAUGCCUCUACUCGCCGAGGUAUAUCACGGCAGACUAGCAACCGAUUCGGCCAAACUUGAGGAGUAUGGUGGGCAAAAACUUCAGGCUCAAAUCGCCCCUGGUGGUAUCAAAAUUGCCGGAGUUGACGAGCAACAACUGGAAUACGAUCCGGCCCUCUACCAACGUGAUCGAGGUGAACUUGACUGGGACCAACGUUCCAUUGGUGCCGGCACAGUACUAGGCGAUGGUUCGACAUUGUCGCACUCGAAAUCUGGCUUCUACGCCAGUAGCACUCGAGGUGCUCCUGCGGGGUAUGAUCAGUACAUGCAGCAAGGCCCAAUGCGCACUGGCACACCAUCCAAGGGACUCAACGUAGAAUCCUACGAGAUGUCGCGCCGCGGCGGCUCUGAAGCCAACCUUCCUCUUCUGAACACCCAAGGCGCUCCCGGAUAUGCGAGCCAGUACAGCUUGCAUGACAGAUCACCCUCCGUCGGACCACACGGCGCGUAUGGUGCAUCGCAUGACGCUCCCUCCGGAUACUUCUCGCCGGCACAGCAAACUCAGGGGUAUCACCCUCAAGAGGCCAGUGACGCGUCGAUGCGCUACCAUGCACGGGCCAACUCUGCUGGGUUUGAUCAGACAAUUGCUACUGGAUACCCGCCUCAGCAGCAGCAGCAGCACUAUGUUGAUCGUUCCCAGAGUCCCAGCGUGUAUCAGCAGCGCUCCGGUUCUUCGAUGGGGUACCACCAACAAGGCCCCCCUAGAAGUCAAGCUUACUCACCAAGUGAUCAGGGACCGCCAGUCGCUACUACACUCCAACACCGACCCUAUAUGACAAUCCCGACCAAAACAAUAUGGCAGGACGAGGUGCUCAUCGACAAAACUAUUAGUAUUACUUGA